AUGAAUUAAAGUUAGAGAGGGAAUUAGAACGAUAACUUUUUUGCUGCCGGUUACUAAAUGCAUUCUGUGUAUUCUAAUAGAGGUGAACCCAUAAAACCUUCAUAAUUUUUAAAUCCUAGGUAGGAUUUUUAGUAAAACACUAAUGAAAGAUAGUAGUCUAGGAUUUCUUAACAAUCACAUUAAUAGCAGUAGCAAUCAUAGUAGUAGCAAUCAUAAUAAUAAUAACAGCAACCGUAGUAAGGUAGCAAGCUAUACGAAGAGCAAUUAGAAUAAAAAGAUGAAGAAAUUUAGAAAUAACAAAAAAGCAGACGCAAUAUAAUAUCUGAGAUUACUAUUAUUAUGUUAGCUUUUAUACUUGAGCUUGUUUCUAUUGCGGGUUAUAUUAUAUUCUCUAUCUUUAAAAUGUUUGCUUAUGCUUAUCUGCUUUUUAAAGGAUAAUCUGAUAUUUUAUCUGAUUUACUAGAUCCAAUCUUAACAAUUUUCUUUAGCAUUGCCAAUAUCUCAAAUUCAUUGAUAUAAUUUCGCCCUUAAAACUCUAACUGUGUAUUUGAUAUCAAUAACAACUCUUUGUCUUGGAGGGAAGAAUACAAAAGAAUAAUCGAAAUGUAUGAAGUAGAUUUAAAAUGUUAACUUUUUAAUACCUUUUUCAAUUUAGAUGAUAAUCCUUCUACAUAUGAAUGGAGAGGAUAUUGUUUAUUUCUAGAUAUGAAUCAGCAACUAAAGCCUCUUAAAAUUCAAUUUAUCUUAUUGUUGUGUGUUUCUCUCAUGAAGAUAGGAUUCACAAUAUUGUAUGUGGUAAAAAAAGAAAAGUAGUACGGAAUAAAUGAGAUCUUUAACAUAAUUGUCCUUUUUUUCUUUUAUAUAAAUUUUUGCUAUAGUCUGAAUAGGGUGCUAAGCAACUAUGAUCUGAGACGUAAAAGAUUAAUGAUUAGAAACUUAAACAGAAUGAUUAAAAUGAGUGGAGACAUUGUAUAAUACUUUGAAAAACUAGAUAUCACUUCAGCAAUUAGUUUGGAAACAUGGGAUAAUUGUAGACGAUGCGUUUAUGAUUUCUUUAAAUAAGAAUAAAAAAAAUUAGAAGCUUGCUACAUUUGUCUUUUCUUUUAUUUUAUUUUUGUUGCUUUAGCAUGCGCUUCUUUUUAUGCCAAUUUUUACAUCUUUUUUGAAAAGGAUUCCAUUCACUUACAUCCCUUGAUGAUUAUUUGCUAUAGCAUGGAUUUUGUUUUAUUUAGUAUCAUCAUUUUUAUGAGAUUAUACUAAGGAUAGCUUUUUAAUGAUUCAUUUGAAAAAUCUGAACAUCGUAUCGAUUCUUUAGAGGGUCUAAUCUAAGAUUUAGCAUAGAUGUAUGACUAUUAUUUUGGAAAAAAGCAUAUCAAUGAAAACAGCUUAGAAUAGCUCAUAACUUAGUAAGAAAUAUACCGUAAAUAAAUGGAAGUAAGAGAUCCAAUAGAAAAAUCGAUGAUGCCUCAAGGUAUCGAAGAUGAAGAUGAUGAUGAGUAGGAAGAAGACGAAAAAAAUAAAGAUUAACAAAAUAGCUUAGAUUAAAUAGCAUAAAAACUAGAAGAAGGUAUGAGUACAACGUAUGAUAUUCUAGUUGGAAAGCUGAAAUAUUCUUCAAGAUUCUACAUUCUAAAAAAAAAAGAAUUUUUAGGAUCAAGAUAUACAUUAGAGGCAGAGAAGAUGCUUUAACAAAAAAUGAUGUAAAAUAUGUUGCAAAGCUAUAUUAGAAUAAAAGCUUAGACUGUUUCCGAUUAAAAGACUUAAUAAUAUAAGUUUUUAAAUUACUUCAAUAUAAGGUUUGAGUAAACUUUAAUUACAACCUUAGUUGGUUUAGGUACAGUUCUUCCAUCAAUUUUAAAAAAUUUUUUCGAUAUGUUUCACUGA